AUGUCGGCAACUGAUUCUGCUGCACAAACUCAAGAUAUUGCCAAACCUAAAAGAAAACCGAUCCGCAUGGCAGACGAUGGGGUGGCAGAUUGCUUGUUCGAGCGACUCCGGCUGCAUCAGCAACGGGCACCUGACUCCAUCGAAGUGGCGCGAGCGAUCACAGCAAGAAUUAAUUCACGGCUUACGUCACACGACAAACAUGUUCGACAAUCCACUUUGGAGAAAAUAUGGAAUAAACAAUCGGGAGCUAUACAGAUGCUACUGUCCCUAUUAGAAAACUCCAGGGACUCAGCUACCGCGACAUACAUAACAGCAAUACUGAGAGAAGCAAUAUGUUUAAAACAAGGGAAAGGAAAAAAGUGCUCAGCUAACAACAUGGCACGGCAUCUUUGCGCACAAGACUUCAUACUGAUAAAAGGCACACAAGUAAUCAUACGCAGGAUCAUCUGCACCUUUCACGACAAAAGAGAACGUUUAAGCGGUACAGACAUGGUACUACAAGAUUUGCUCUGGAUACUAGCACCGAUUUGCUCUCGAGAUCCAAAAUUUGCUAUAAAAGUAAGAAUGCUGGGUUGCGUAAGGACAAUGCAUUUAAUACUAAAGGGGCACUUUACAGACAACAAAGUAAUUUUCCCAUUGCUUGUCAUUAUGAAACAGUUAGCGAAAAACCCGGUCACCACAUCUAUCUUGAUACGUGAUGGUGUGGUCUCAACAUACGAACGGGUACUAGUCAGCCUCGGUUUUAUACCCACCGCAAGGUUGCGGCUUUGCCUGGAUGCCAUCGAUUACUUCAGUAAAAAUAAGGUGUGCUGCAUGCAGAUCGUGAAGACAAGCCUCUCUAACGUGCUUCUCAGGGUGUUCGACCGAUGGGAUCGCUACGAAGGACGCAUGAGACUCAAGAUUUGUGCACACAUUCUUCAGACUCUACAGCACCUUUGCAAUAUAAAAGCGGGCCGUCGAGCGCUUUGUACUAAGAAACAUGUGCAGAUAUUACACAGAUUUUGCUCGCAGUGUCCUGAUGAACCAGUGUUCGACGGACUUUUAGCAAGAGUAUGUUCUGUUAUAACAUUGUGCUUAAAGCAUCAAGCACUACCUGUACCUGCUACUAGUCCUGCUACUUUUAAUCUUAAUCCAAUACUUAAAGGAACAAAUGCAUCAUGGCCGUGUCAUGAUGAUGAAGAAGAUGCAGCAAAUUCCGAUUCUAAAACUGUAAACUCAGACACUGAGUUUGAUGGUCCUUACGUAGAUUUGGAAGGUGUCGAGGAGUUUCCUGAAAUAGAUUUUGAAGAAACCGAAAUAAAGGGGGAAAUGAAAAAUGAACCAGAAAAAGAAGUAGAGAAAGAGUUAAUUUCCAAAAGUGGUGAUAGUUUACAAAGUUCGAUGUGGAUCAAUCCCAAUGAGAGAGAAUUAGAAGACUUAAAAAAAUAUUUCAUUUUUUUUAAAGAAUUUGGUUCAUAUAACAAACAAAUUAGACUUGUGCGAAGUCGAUCCAACUCCAGAGGAUCAAUUUUAGAAGACUUCCUAGGAUCUCAAAACAACUCACAGAAAACUGCUUCUUCGUCAAUGAACCUAUCUCUGAGUGGCAGUUUAGGCAACACGGACGGUGACAAUGUAACGAAUUAUUCUGGGGCACCCAGCUAUAUGCAAUUUCACAAAAUUCAUGAGAGUUCAUCUAUGACAUCCUACUCAUCAUUAAAAAUACAUAAAGAUAUAUCGAAAUACAGGACAUUUGAAUCUGUUUACAGUAUUAUAUCAUCCAGAGUAAAAAGUGUAAUACCAUUUGUAAAAGUAGCUUACCCAGAUAUGAUGGGAGGCCAAAGCUUUAACCAGCCUGAACCUCUACACAAAAUGGAACGCAGUGCAUGCAGGAUAAAGCUGCUUUCAUGUGUGGACAGGGCCAUAAAUCCAGAGGCAUAUAUGAACGAGACAGUUUAUGAUUUAGAUGCGCUUUGCAACAUAAACGUCAAUCCUGACAUCAACGCGCAGAAGAGUUUCAGCUCAGAGAGUCUGUUCCUGACAAACACCGACGAACAAGAAUUAAAUAAAGGGAAUAAUUUUACGUCGAGGUUAAGUUUCGAGUCUAGAUUCGAAUCUGGCAAUUUAAGAAAAGUUAUUCAGGUAGGUCCGAGAGAAUACGAAUUGAUCCUGAUGCCUGACGUAAACUCGACGAAGCGCCAUCAGUGGUUUUACUUCGAGGUCCGCAACAUGCAACAGAACCGGCCCUACAUAUUCAAUAUCGUCAACUGUGAGAAGUCUGACAGCCAGUUCAAUUUCGGCAUGAAGCCUGUCAUGUAUUCGGUCAAAGAAGCCGUUACGGGAAGACCAGGUUGGGUCCGGACGGGAACAGACAUAUGCUACUACCGCAACAGCUAUCACUACGCUAACCAGAAGAAUCACAACAAGUGUUACCUGACCGUGACGUUCAACAUCGAGUUUCCUCACAACAAUGACGUCGUUUACAUCGCUUACCACUUCCCCUUCACUUAUUCCAUGAUGAUGACUCGCAUCUGGCAGUGGAGCCUACAAUUACCUCCAGGAACGUACCUACGCGCGGAGCCCCUAUGCUAUUCACUUAACAACAACGAAGUACCGUUGCUCACCAUCUCGGCUGAGGACACGCCUACCAAUCCCAUAGUGGAUCGCGAGAUAGUGUUUCUAUCGGCACGUGUUCACCCUGGCGAGAGCAACGCGUCGUGGGUUAUGGACGGUACACUGGCGUGUCUGCUGGGUAGCUCCUGUGCCGCUGCUGCUCUCAGACACAAAUACGUGUUCAAAAUUGUACCCAUGCUUAAUGUGGAGGGAGUCAUCAAUGGAUGGUGA